AACUGUCGACGAUAAUGUCUACCCAGUAAUUGUACCGAGGACUAUGUAUAAACAGUGUCUCCCUGAUAAUUCCAUCGACCUUGGGAUAUCUACUUUGGCUACACAUUACUUAUCUAAACAAGUUUGCCAGAUUAAAGACGGUAUAUAUUACGAUGAAGCGGAUGACGGAGAGCAAACACUGAUUAAAGAACAAGCAAAAUCUGACUGGAGAGCUUUUGUUACGUCAAGGGGACGGGAACUGAAACCAGGAGGAUUCCUCAUUACUUUCAACGCAUCAUCUAACGAUAAUGAUCAGACGACGGCGCAGUUCGAAAAAGGACAGUUUUCAAUCGGAUAUAUUGUCUCUGACAUGGUCAGUGAAGGGAUUAUCACGCAGGAGGAAUAUCUUGCAACAAACAUUCAUUCAUACAUUGGGAGAACAGCAGAAGAUUUUAAGGAGCCGUUUACCAGUGAUUUGCCGGAAAUAAAGGAACUAGGGCUGGAACUGGUGUCGAUAAGAUCAGUUAAACAUUAUACUCUCCAACAGACCUUCGAUGUCAACAAAGAUACGACGGACAAGCUCAAAUAUUCCGAAAGGAUAGUUGCUAUGGUCUACCCAUGGUUACAUCAUGUGAUUUAUAGAGGAUUGUCGGAUUCUCGAACUGAGGACGAAAAAGAGAUGAUUACUGACCAAUACUUCCGGAGGAUGCAGACAUAUGCGUUUGAACAUACUGUUUUUAAACCGUACUUGAUUGCCACAGAGGUUGUAAUGAAAAAGAAAAUGGAAUAGAUACAUCAUGUAACAAUUACUAACAUUAAGUAAUACUGAGAGUCUAGUAAUAGUAUUGUAUCAUUAAAUACUGAGUUAAACUAGGAAAAUAUGAUCUUCCAGUAUACAUUACAGGGGAAACAUGAGGAAAGAAGAAAAAAGAUCUAUCUUACAAAGAACCAAUAAAGACAUUUGAAUGGUU